AUGGAGCGCCCGUCCCUGACGUCGCCGCUGGCCCUCCUCUGCUCCAUCUUCUCCGGCGGGCGCCUCCUGCCCGUGGUGGCGGCGGCGGCCGGACAGCAGCGCCAGGUAGGGGCCAGAGGAUCGCGCGCAGGGCCGGCCCGGUUUCGUUUCCCUGGCCGGGGGCGUGGGGGGGGGGUAGAGGGGCGGCCGCCGCAGCAGCCCGCCAGCCCCCGCGGGCGCUUCUCCCCGGCUGGCGGCCUCGAGGGGCUCCCCUUCGGGGCGGCCAGCCCGCCGCCCUGCCCUGCCUGGGGCGGGCCCCGCAGCCAGGGCCAUUCUACCCCCCCCCGCCCCGUCGAGCGCCCUUUCCGAGCGGUGGCGCCGGUGAGCGUCUGCCGCGGCCCCCCGCGCCUUUCCUCGCCCCGGCAGGCCGAGCUGUCGGGCACGUGGCAGAACGACCUGGGCUCGCAGAUGGUCAUCCAGCCGCCCGACGCCGCCGGCGCCUUCUGCGGCACCUACACCACCGCCGUGGCCGCCUCCCAGGCGCCCAUCCGCCAGUCGCCCCUCUACGGCGCCCAGCACCUGGACGGCGCCCACCAGCAGCCCACCUUCGGCUUCACCGUCAACUGGAGCUUCUCAGACUCCACCGCCGUCUUUGUGGGCCAGCACUUUGUGGAUCCCAAGGGGAAGGAGACCCUGGAGACCACCUGGCUGCUGCGUGAGCAGGUCGACACUCGGGACAAUGACUGGAAAGCAACCCGGGUCGGCAGGAACAUCUUCACACGAGUUAAGUGA